CAACACUAAAAAUUUAGCAAGAAUUUUGUUGUUUUAAUCUCUAAACGGCGUAAUUUGCUUUCAUUUACUACGCAAUACGUGUGUAAGUGAGAAAAAUGAACGAUUCCCGUUUUCGUAAAUUCUUCCCAACUUCCAAUCCGUGCCAAAAUUUGAAUAUCAUCCAAAGGCCAUAAAUCUCCCCCUCCUCCAAUCCCCCAUUUGCUAAGAUCCAUAAAAUUCUUCCACCGGCGCCUGCGCUUCUACUACCCAUCCCGCAAACAUCCUCCCGCUUUGUUUACGUAUGCUGUCAAGCGCGUCCAUUUCCUAGUGCUGUUUUGGUGCCCCCAUGGACGACCCCGGUAGAAUGAUGGGCCACACUGGCGGCGGCUUGAUGCCCCCUCAGCCCUACAUGAACGCGCAGGACGCCCCCACAGGGGGCGAGAACGAGCCCCGCAAGCAGGACAUCGGUGAGAUCCUCCAACAGAUCAUGAACAUCACUGACCAGAGCCUCGACGAGGCCGGCCAGCCCGACAACGCCAUCGAGCACAGCGACUACAGGGCCAAACUGGCCCAAAUCCGCCAAAUCUACCACCAGGAAUUGGAGAAAUACGAACAGGCCUGUAAUGAGUUCACCACUCACGUCAUGAAUUUGCUCAGGGAACAGUCCCGGACUCGCCCAAUUACCCCGAAGGAAAUCGAACGGAUGGUCCAAAUCAUCCACAAGAAGUUCUCCUCGAUUCAGAUGCAACUCAAACAGUCGACUUGUGAGGCAGUUAUGAUUCUCAGAUCGCGGUUUUUGGAUGCCCGAAGGAAACGUCGCAAUUUCAGCAAGCAAGCUUCGGAAAUUUUAAACGAAUAUUUUUACUCGCAUUUAUCGAAUCCGUAUCCCAGCGAAGAAGCGAAGGAGGAGUUGGCCCGAAAAUGCGGGAUUACAGUGAGCCAAGUCUCCAAUUGGUUCGGUAAUAAGCGAAUCAGAUACAAGAAAAAUAUAGGGAAGGCACAAGAAGAGGCCAAUCUGUACGCGGCGAAGAAAGCGGCCGGGGCUUCGCCUUACAGUGGCACCCCCACCCCCAUGAUGUCUCCAGCGCCUCCACAAGACUCCAUGGGGUACUCCAUGGGCUCCGCCUACGACCAGAGCUCGGCAUAUGACGCCAGUAGCUGUGGGUACGACCCAAUGCACGCACAGGAAUUAUCGCCCUAAUCAAACCUUAAUUAAUUAAGAAAUACAGUUGUAUACUAACCCAUGUAUACUGAAUUUUGUAUCGUGUACAGUGUGUUUCUGGGUUGAAAUUGCUUCAAGUCUUAUUUUUAUUAUAGUUAGGAGUACUUGCAAUAUAUUUCUAGAUUAUUUUUAGUAGGCGAAUUAAGGCGAGUUUUUCUUCAGUAUUUUUUGUAUAUUUAUCUAUUUUUAUUGAUAAGGAGCAGCUGGGUGAGGAAAACUUUGCUUUAACGCCGAGUUCUUUCGAAAUUUACAGUGCUUAAGUAUUUAAAUAAAUAAAUAACUGUAGUA